GUUAUCAGUAGUUGGCACACUUUACGGGAAACUAUAUAAAGCUGAAUCCAGCGAUCAGGUAAUCAUUCUUCGAGUUAAUUUGCAAUAGUUAAGAUAUCCAAUCGAUCAAAAUGGGAUUGAAGUUAUUUUUCGUUUCGUGUGUUGUAUUGGCUUCUGCAAUGGCAGCCCAGCUUCCGUUGGAUGACAACUACGUAAACCGAGUGGUGGGAGGUCACGAAGCAGAACCUGGGUCGGCUCCUCAUCAGGUUUCCUUGCAAGGGUUGUUUGGUCAUUCUUGUGGCGGAUCUAUAAUCGGUGAUGAAUGGGUUCUAACGGCUGCACACUGCGUUGUGGGAGCGAGUUUGUCCCAGCUACGGGUCCUAGUUGGAACCAACAGUUUGAAGGAAGGCGGUCAAAAAUAUAAGGCAACCAAAUUUGUCGUUCACAGCCGGUACAACAAACCUCAGUUCCACAACGAUAUUGCGUUGGUCAAACUGGAAACGAAACUUGAGUUCAGCGAUGUGGUGAAAAGUGUUGAAUACUCCGAAAAGGUUGUUCCAGAAAAUGCCACUCUCGUGCUAACUGGUUGGGGUAGGACCUCUACCAAUGGACCGAUUCCGACUAAGUUGCAAACAAUCGAUCUGAAGUACGUACCGUAUGAGGAGUGCAAACGACUGCACGGAGGUGGUUCCGAAGUCGACAUUGGACAUGUGUGUACGUUGACGAAAACUGGCGAAGGUGCCUGCAAUGGUGACUCCGGUGGGCCUUUGACAUAUAAUGGAAAGCUGGUCGGUGUGGUCAACUUCGGCGUCCCCUGUGGUAAGGGAUAUCCGGAUGCUUAUGCUAGGGUGUCGUACUACCAUGACUGGAUUCGUACAAAUGUGAAAAACAACUCAUGAGCGACUAGAUUUAGUGGCACAAUACUGGCUUUCUAACUGUGGAAAUUGAAUAAAGUUACUGGAUAUUAUAUUUUCUACAUA